UCGCUCGAGCGCACCUGUUGCAUCGUUCUAGACUUUUUGUCAUCACCUUUAUUUUUUGGUUUGACAUUUUUGUAUCAGCAAAGUCGCCUUGGCUACCCCAAACCCUCCGAGCUUGGAGCAAAGUUCACCUCUGUGAGAAAACAGAUUGAGAUGGAGCCUUGAAGAAGAGUUUACCGCAAGACUUUCUGGAAACGGGAGGAAUUAUCGGCGAACUGAAGAACGGGACCGUAGCCUCUCUCUGCUGAGGGUGGAUGUAGUAGAACAUGAAUGCUUUGGGGACCCCAACAAAAGCAAGCAAUGGGGUGGCCAGAUCGGACAGCAAGAUCAGUGCCAAAACCCUGUUCGAGCAACGAAAGAAGUACUCAAACUCGAACGUCAUCAUGCAAGAGACGUCACAAUAUCAUGUGCAGCACCUGUCUACGUUCAUCAUGGAUAAAUCUGAGUCCAUUGCUACAGUAGACGACGCAAUUAAGAAGCUGAAGCUGCUGGACUCCAAAGACAAAAUCUGGACACAGGAAAUGCUGCUGCAGGUGACGGACAAAUCAAUCAAACUCCUGGACUCCGAAACCAAGGAAGAGCUUGAAAUCUUUCGUCUGGCCACAGUCCAUCACUGUCAGACGCUGUUGAACCAGACCAGAUAUCCAUCCAUCCUUCUGCUCAUCUGUCAGGACAGUGAACAACACAAACCAGACAUUCACUUCUUCUACUGCGACGAAGUGGAGGCAGAGAUGGUGCACGCUGACAUUGAUAGCGCUCUGGGAGACAACACAUGCGGCAAGAAGAUGCGACCGCAGACGCUAAAAAUGAACCAAGAAAAGAUGAAACACCACCGGGAGAGCAUCAUCCCGGCUUCUGAGCCUAGAAGUCCUGGCCCUGGGGUCAAAGGUCGAGUAGCAGCUACAGACAUGAAAGAUGAAUUGUCUAUGCAGGACCCCGAGUCCAAUAUGAAACUGGCCCAACGGAUUGAGAAGGACGUGCAAAUCCUGAACUGUGCUCUAGACGACAUCGAGAUCUUUGUUGCACGUCUUCAUAAAGUGGCAGAGGCUUUUGCGCAACUUAACCAGCGCAACAGGAGCAAGAAAACCAAGAAAAGAGGCCCGGCAGAGGGAAUGCUAACGCUACGAGCUAAACCUCCAUCAGAAGGCGAGUUUAUCGACUGUCUUCAGAAGCUGAAACUCUCUUUCAAUCUGCUGGCCAAACUGAAGAAACACAUCCAGAACCCCAGCGCUGCAGAGCUCGUGCACUUCCUGUUUGGACCUCUGGAAAUGAUACUGCAGAGUUGUGGCAGUCCUGAGCUGCCGCGUGUGGUCAUCUCUCCUCACCUGUCCCGGGACACAGUGGACUUCCUGAGAGGACACCUGACUCCCAAAGAGAUGACCAUCUUUGAGCUGCUGGGAGACUGUUGGACACGGCCCAGAGCUGAUUGGCCGAAAGAUCAGUGCGCUCCUCUGUACGUCCCAAAGUUCCGGAACGGCUGGGAGCCGCCGGUGGAACUGUUCCGCUCGUCACCGUGGGAGACGGAGAGCGCCGGUGCACCGGUGCAAACAGAAUACAGACCGAAAGAGUUCUUUGGAUCACAGUCAUCCCUCUCUUCAAACGGGUCUUUCUCGACGUCUCCUGCUUCUCGCAAGUAUGCAAAGAUUCGCUACCACUUUGUGGCACGUAAUGCAAACGAGCUGUCGGUGCUUCAGGAUGAAGUUCUGGAGGUGUUGGAGGAUGAUAAGCAGUGGUGGAAGUUGAGGAACCGAAGUGGACAGGCGGGAUAUGUGCCCUAUAAUAUCCUGGAUGUGGUAAAACUGGAGGAUCCUCACGCUUUUAUUGACCCGCCAUACAGUCCAGGAACACCUUAUAGUCCGUCAUACCGAGGACAGUCGCCCUCCAGCUCACUGGGCAGUGACAAAGACAAAAGUGACUCAGGUCAACAGAUGGACAAAGUGAACGAUGAGCUGCUCAUGUUGAUCACCGGUAAUAAGAUUCAACAGCCUGCGAGGAACUUUAAAGUGGUGCGUCAGUCUGCUGUUCCUCUGACCUUUAACUCCAACCCGGCCGAGGUCACCAACUGGCUCAAUGCCAAGGGCUUCUCCAAACCGACGGUGGAGCGUCUGGGAAUCCUGACCGGCGCUCAGCUCUUCUCUCUGAAUAAAGAUAACCUGAAGGCUGUGUGUGGAGACGAGGGAUCUCGCGUCUACAGCCAGAUCACCGUCCAGAAAUCACUACUAGAGAAGAGUCGAGGAGAUUCGGAACUGCAGGAGAUUCUGAUUAAACAGCAAGAGAAAAUUGCAUCUACCUAAAUGCUCACAUGGACUGUCAAUCAAACGGUCACCUGGCAACAGUAACCAUCAACCAAACCCACCAAUGAAGUCUAAUCCAAUAGAUUUUCUAAUGGUGCUUUUUUAUUAUUAGUGCAUGUACGGACCUUAUUGUAAUUUAUCCACACACAUCAUCUUGUUCAUGCUGGAAAAUAGUUGUAAGCUUAUACGACUCUCUAGUGCAUGGAAACAAUAUAUCGGUGAGUCUCAUGAAAACAUGUACAGGCCACGCUUCAAAAUAAGAAAAAUUAAACUAUGAUAAAAAUAAAGACUCUUUCAGGACCAUUAAUGUUUUUGUUGUUUUUGAAUGUCAUUUUAACCACCAUUGCUCAAAGUAACAUUGAUUUAGAAAAAUAAUAAUAAUAAUAAUCAGCAUAAAUGAAAAUCAGUACAAUGACUUUUCACCUCAAAAACAAAAGGAUUAUUAUAGAAAGACCAUUUUAGGAUCAUUAACAUUUUUGCGUCAUUUGUCAAUUUCUCAAAGUACUGCAGCCAUUUUCUUGAGUUUUUGUAAUUCUCAAUGAUUCAUUCAAAAAUUCAUGUUUUACAAUUCAAAAACAAAUCACAUUACAGUAAUUCAAAAAAGUUUAAGUUGAGGUGAAAUUCAAAACAGUGCAACAAAUGUAAUUUAAGCAAAAUAAACAUAUUUCUUGUGAUCUUGUGGUUAUGUGACCCGUACAGGUUUUACAGGUGAGAUUCACCCGUGUCCAUAAGAUUGAACAGAGUGAAUGUUUUCUGGGGUUUGAUGUAUGAUUGCAUCGGUGACGUUGGCUUUGAAAGAGACGUAAAUGUAAAUAAUGUGCUAAAUUCAGUCUCAUCACACGUUCUGAUGCUGAUCGUUAUGACGAAUGAAUGACGCGAGAACAGUAGAUAUAUCAGCUGGAUUUCAUGCAUGUCUUUCCUUCGUCAACACUGUAUACGGAACAAGUGUUUUAAUUUGUAUAAAGGGCAUUUAGAGAUUUUGAUCCUUCAGAAUGUAGUUCAAUCACAAUAGAGACACUUGAAAAAGACACACAGAUGAGGUUUAAUCAGUUUAAUUGGUUACCAGUAGUAGGAAAUCAUGUCAUAUAAAACCCAGAAGUACAACCUCUUAGUAUUAUCCUGCUAGUUUCUCCAAAUGUUAUUUAUAAAAACAAAAUCACUGUUGUAAAUUUAAGAAAUAAAGUGACUGCUAAAAGACUGUGCCUCCGAAAUUAUCCUCAAAAUAUUCAAUGCAUCUAGCAACUAUGCAAAUCUAAAUUUCAGCAAUUGUAAUCCAGCUAUCACACGACUUUCAGGAACAAUCAUGCACGUUCAUGCACCAUCAGAUACGUUCUUUAUUAGGAGCAAGACCCACAUCUCUCUGAUCAGUCUCUUUAAAACACAUUCAAAGUGCCACAAUUACCCUUUAAAUAUCAAAAACAAAAGUGCUACGCAUCAUUUUAGCAAUCUGAUUGACUGGUCUUUUAGUUAGGAGACUUUUUAAUGUCUAGUCUGCGACAUGCUCUCUCUGAUUGGUAGAUUCUGCUCAGCUUUUCAU